UCGAGGUUUGAAGAGGGAAGUUUGCAGAGCGCAGUUGUUCCCCAUCCAGUGUGGUGCAGUGUUUGCAAAUACCUUGAACGAGAGCGAGAGAAGAAGGAAAGGGGGGGAUUGACUGGCUGACUGACGCGCGGAGUCUUCUUCUGCUGCUGCUGCUGAGUACAAGUCGUUUGCAUCGCGGAGGGAUCGCUGCUGUGUCUUUCACUGGGUUUUCUACCUGAGAAAAAUAUAUUUAAGUGCAGCUAAAACAAAUUUAAAUAAUAAAAAAAUCACAAGCUCGGGGAAAAAUGGAUGUUCUACCCAUGUGCAGCAUCUUUCAAGAACUUCAAAUAGUUCACGACACGGGCUAUUUCUCAGCCUUACCGUCACUGGAGGAGUACUGGCAGCAGACAUGCUUGGAGCUGGAGCGCUACCUGCAGAGCGAGCCUUACGUCUCCACAUCCGACCUCAAGUUCGACAGCCAAGAGGACCUCUGGAGCAAGCUGAUCUUGGCCUGCGGGGAUAAGGCCAAGGCCGAGUCUGACCCAAAGGCCCACGAGGAGGACAAUCAGGACAGCCAAAUCUUGGAAACCAACAGUGUGAAUUCAGACGCCAGCAGCGAGGCUUCAGACAGUUCUGAGGAGCUCUCGCCCACUCACAGCUUUACCUCCAACCCUCUGGGCUCUGUCUUGGUUGGCUCUGGACCUUUUAGCCCCUCUGUCAUUAGCACACCUCCAUCCUCUCCCGAGGCCAACUCGGAGGCCAGCGGCGCGAUGAGCAGCUGGGUGAGCACGCACGCCGAGUUGCACUUGCCGGUCAAAAUCAGGAGCGGCGGCGUGGCAAAGAGCUCGGAAAAGACGGGACUUGCCUGCGGAGACGCAUCUCCGGACGGCAGGAGGCGUGUGCACAGGUGCCAUUUCAAUGGGUGUCGCAAGGUUUACACAAAGAGCUCCCACCUAAAAGCACACCAGCGCACACACACAGGUGAGAAACCAUACAGGUGUUCGUGGGAGGGCUGCGAGUGGCGUUUUGCACGAAGCGACGAGCUGACCAGACACUUCAGGAAGCACACCGGGGCAAAGCCAUUUAAAUGCAGUCACUGUGACAGAUGUUUCUCCAGGUCUGACCAUCUGGCUCUUCACAUGAAGAGGCACAUCUAGAGCGGGGUGAGCGCCGAGCGACGCCACAAAGUGGGGGGAAAAAAAAGUUUUGAAAAGGGGAGAGGAAGGAAAAAAAAUGUAAACAAACGCCGCCUCCCGACCAGUCUCUUGGUUGAACUGUCCCAGAGCAGGGUGGCGGGAGAGUGUUCCAGCCAAAGCAUGCCGUUUUGCACCAUACUGAAACCCAGUGCCUCCGGGACCUCUCUUCGGAGAAAGGCGCUCUGAAGGUCGUCUGUUGCAACAAGAGAGACAAAAUCAUGGAUGGGCAAGUUUUUUUUGUCGGUUUUUUCUUUUUGUUUUUUUUUUGAUUGAGAAGGACUUAAAACACACACAGACACACACAAAAAGACAAAACUAAACAAAAAAAACAGAAGAAAUAAAAAGAAAAGACAAUUAAAGAGUGAAUGAUUUGUACGUAUGGUGCAUGAUGUUUUGGGGACAUCUCCCAGACAGCAGAUACACUGGUACUUUACUAAACUGUCUGAGGCAAGCAUGUGUGCACUGUGAAUGUCUGCGAUUGGCUACCGGACCCCCCUCCUCCCCAUCUGGAAGAGAGAGGAGAGGAAGAGGAGAAUUUUGGGGGGUAGAAGAGAUGGGAUUGGUGGAUGGGCUGGUACCGAUGUUGCUGUGGACUGAGCAUUCUGGGAGAAGCAUUCCGCUUGUGUUUCCCUGGUGGCGGUGUGAGGAUGAGGCAGGGAGGAAGCUCCUGCCUGCCUGCCUUGUGUGGUAACCAGACUUGGGUGAGGGAGGGGGGGGGCCUGCUUCUCUGAAGGUAGCGAGGCCUUGGGUUUGACCAGAGCCAGUGACAAAGAGAGAGAGAGGUGCUGACAUGUCACCUUCUGGUCUGUGUAACCUAGGGACCAAAACACCCCCCUACACCCCUCCCCUCUCUUGGUCACUGUAUGACAGGAGCUUUUUUUGGUGUUUUUGGUGCAGCUACUAAAUGUGCAAUGUGUUAUGUAGCCUGGUUUAUUAUUUUUUUACAAGCUACAAAGCUCAUUUGUAGUCCAAUUGUAUAAGCUGUGUGCUUAGAGGUAUAACACAACUAUACUAUAACUUCAGUAUCAUAGACAGGUGUUGCAUGGUUCUAGGGUUUCUUCAUUUCCUGUUUCCACUGUAAUCAGGACUCCAGAUAGUUUCAAUAAAAGUGCAGCUAAACGGCAAACAGUUAAAUGUUACAAUAUUGUACAUAAAGCCUUGACGAUUUCCUCUUUUUUUUUUUAAUAUAUAUUUUAACACUUAAAUCCAUUGCCUUCAUUCUGGUUUGUCAGAUCACCCCUGCUUGCUAACGUUCUCAUUCAUUCUUUGCCUUGAGGAGUCAUUUUGGAUUUUUUUGUACUUUCUUUCCAAUAAUGCACUGUUGACCUUUUAAUGGUGCCUUAUGCAAGUGACUCGGCCCUCUGGGGUAGCCGUGGUUUUGCUCCCUUUGGGGUGUCACAUUUGUUGUCUGGGUGAUUUACGAAAAGCUUAAUCAAGGCUCAAUUACAAAAUUGCACCUACUUUGUAUUUAAACUAGUUUUUUCUGGCAGUUAAUUUGUUGUUUAAAUGUAAAUGUUCACAAAAGUACCUUUUCUGAGUCAACUGCCUUUUUUUUUUU